GAAGAACUAUAGGCAUGUUCCUCCGGAUAGGGAAUGGACAGCAGAGCGGAUAUGGAUAUGGCGUGUCCGUUUCUUGCUCGAAGCUUUUUCUGCCAGAAACCUUUGUCUCAGUUCUAAAGCGAGUGAUAUAUAAUGAGUAUGUUUAUCACAAAAGUGUUGUCUAUCACAAUCCGAUGAUAGAAUGAAACAAUAAGAAAGGAAGUGGGAAACCCGAAUUUUAUUUUAUAAAUCCUUUCAUUUUCAUGGUAUAUAGAUUUCUCUGGUGAUUUUGCUGUACAUUAUCAUGCCUAAGGAGAAUAUUCUUUAUAGUAAGGCCUCUUUCAAUUUUGAGAGGAAAAUUUGUGGACAACUUAAUUUUAGGGAAACUUAUAUGGUUCCCAGCUGGCAUCCCAGCAGAGAUCAGGUCAAUUGUUGUUCUAUGAGGGCCAAAAUUCCAUCUAUCAGUCAAACUGCGGGUUUUGGAAUUUUAAAAUUUAGCCAUUUAUUUCGACAUGCAAAAAUCAAAGGAGUAGCUGAGGAAUACCAAGAGCAAGAGGAAUUAGCUGAUGAAGAUGAUGAUCUAUGUCCUGUAGAUUGCGUUAAAGAAUUUAAGACAGAUGAAGAAUUCCUUAGAAUUCUCGAAAAGGCCAAAGUAACUGAUUCUUUGGUUGUAGUGGACUUUUAUCGCACCUCUUGUGGAAGUUGUAAAUACAUUGAGCAGGGAUUUUCAAAAUUGUGCAAGGGAUCUGGUGAUCAAGAAGCUGACGUAAUCUUCCUAAAACAUAAUGUAAUUGAUGAGUAUGAUGAACAGUCUGAGGUUGCUGAACGACUUCGAAUUAAGGCGGUGCCCCUCUUCCACUUCUACAAAAAUGGAGUUCUGUUGGAAGCAUUCCCAACCAGAGACAAAGAGAAGAUUGUGGCAGCAAUUCUUAAAUAUGCAUCCUCCAUAUCUCCAGAUGCUUUAAGCUAACUUGGUCAUGUUUUUAAUCAGCUUUUUAUGUAUUAAAGUUAAAAAAAAAAUGGCACCCGGAUGAGAUGCCAUUAUGAUCAGGCCCUAUAGUAUAUACAUUUCCUUAUAUGAUAUAUAUGGUGUACUUGAAAGAGAUAUAUUGUCUGUAAGUGGACAUAGAGGAUUCUCUAUUACUGUCCUAUUUGCUCUAUGAUAAAUGCAAUUUUUUUCUUUUUUUCUU